UUCACAGUUAUAUUAUAACGCAUCCUGGAGUUGACACUUCCUGCUUAUUUUUCCCCCCUGUCAACAAACCAAAAUACAUGUUAUAUGCGAGAUUUGUCAAUUUAUUUGGAUGUAGCUAGUUAAUACAAUUCAUAGUAACAAUGAUUCCUUACUCUGUCAAUAUUAAACUCGCGGCGCGAACAUUGACUGGAACGCUUAAUUUGCAGAACAAAACUGCUGUUGACUGGGGUUGGCAGGGGCUGAUAGCCCAGGGAUGUCACUCCAGCAUCCUCAUCAUCGACCCAAAGACUUCCCAGACCAUCCAGGUUCUGGAGAGGCACAAAGCCAAUGUGGUCAAGGUGAAAUGGUCCAGGGAGAACUACCACCACAGCCUGAGCUCGCCCUACUCUCUGAGGCUGGCUUCUGCCGAUUCAGCAGGGAAGAUUAUCGUGUGGGAUGUGGUGAGUGGCACGGCCCACUGUGAGAUCCAGGAGCACUCCAAACCUAUCCAGGAUAUGGACUGGUUGUGGACUCAGGACGCUUCACGUGAUCUUCUCCUGGCCAUCCAUCCACCUAACUACAUAGUCCUAUGGAACGGAGACACAGGGACCAAGCUGUGGAAGAAGAGCUAUGCAGAGAACAUCCUCUCCUUCUCUUUUGACCCCUUCGAUCCAUCCAACCUAGCAUUGCUGACCAGCGAAGGCAUUGUCUUCAUCUCUGACUUCUCUCACUCCAAACCCCCGGGCAGUGGGGGUAAGAAGGUCUAUAUCGCCAGCCCCCAUGCCAGCCCUGCCCACACUAAGCCUGUGCCUGCUGCCCUCCCUGCCCCUACCGGUGCCAAGAAGGCCCUGAACAAGGUCAAAGUGCUCAUCACCAACGAGAAGCCAACAGCGGAGGCUGUGACCCUGAAUGCAGACUGCCUGCAGCUGUCCUACCUGCCCUCCAAGAGGAACCACAUGCUGCUGCUCUACCCCAGAGAGAUCCUCAUCCUGGACCUUGAGGUCAGCCAGACCGUGGGUGUGGUGGCCAUUGAACGCUCCGGGGUUCCCUUCAUUCAGGUGAUCCCCUGUGCCCAAAGAGACGCUCUCUUCUGUCUCCACGAGAACGGCUGCAUCACUCUGAGGGUGUGUCGCUCCACAACUGCACCCGACGAAUCAGUAGCUGCGUCAGAUCCAGAGCAGAGUGUCCAGGAGCUGGUGUAUGACCUGCGUUCCCAGUGUGAUGCCAUCAGGGUCACCAAGACCGUGCGACCUUACCGCAUGGUCAUCUGUCCGGUCAAUGAGAACAACGCCGCCCUGACGGUCAGCGACGGCCGUGUCAUGCUGUGGGAGCUCAAAGCCCACGUGUCCAAGCCUACGGUCAACCCUAGCUCGGGUUUGUCCCCCCUCUACGCUCCUGUGGCAUUCUGUGGUUCACCACUGGGUCAGAACCAGAAGAAGAUUCAGGACCUGUCUCUUAACACCAUGAUCGGUCAGAGUUUGGUUUCAGGAGCAGACCCACCACCCCCAUCACUGCAGCAGGAGGUACAGCUGAAGUUCCUAUUGACGGGGCUACUGUCGGGGCUUCCCCUGCCCCCCUUCGCCCUCAGGAUGUGCCCCCCACUGACCACCAAGAACAUCAACCACUACCAGCCCCUACUGGCUGUGGGUACCAGUAAUGGGUCAGUUCUGGUUUAUAACCUCACCAGUGGUCUUCUGCACAAGGACCUGAGUGUCCACUCCUGUGAAGUCAAAGGUAUAGAAUGGGUCAGUCUCACCAGCUUCCUCUCCUUUGCCACUUCAACCCCCAACAAUGCUGGACUGGUGAGGAAUGAGCUUCAGCACGUCGACCUUCCCACUGGCAGGUGCUUUGCAUUCCGAGGCGAACAGGGGAAUGACGAGCCUGCCAUUGAGAUGAUGAAAGUGUCUCAUCUGAAGCAGUACCUGGUGGUGGUGUUCAGAGACAAGCCUCUGGAGCUGUGGGACGUCAGGACCGGCACCCUGCUACGAGAGAUGGCCAAGAACUUCCCCACUGUCACUGCACUGGAGUGGUCACCCUCCCACAACCUGAAGAGUCUGAAGAAGAAACAGUUGUUAGCACGGGAGGCCAUGGCCAGAUAUACCACUCUGUCUGACACCGAGCAGAGCAGCGUGGAGUCCUCCGUUAUCAGUCUUCUGCAGGAUGCAGAAAGUAAAUCGGAGGGAGGAGGCCAGGCCAUCUCAGCGAGGGAACACUUUGUGUUCACAGACACAGACGGACAGGUGUACCACAUCACUGUCGAGGGGAAUACCGUCAAAGACGGUGCCCGCAUUCCCCCAGACGGCAGUAUGGGUAGCAUUGCGUGCAUCGCCUGGAAGGGAGACACUCUGGUUCUCGGUGAUGUGGACGGGAACCUCAACUUCUGGGACCUCAAGGCCCGUCUCUCCAGGGGGAUCCCUACUCACCGUGGUUGGGUGAAGAAGAUCCGUUUCGCACCUGGGAAAGGGAACCAGAAGCUACUGGUCAUGUACACAGAUGGGGCAGAAGUCUGGGACACCAAAGAGGUGAACAUGGUAAGCAGCCUGCGGAUUGGUCGGAACGUGAACUAUCGUAUCCUGGACAUCGACUGGUGCACCUCUGACAAGGUGGUGUUAGCCUCUGAGGACGGCUGCAUCCGUGUGCUGGAGAUGGCUAUGAAGUCUGCCAGCUACAGGAUGGAUGAACAAGACCUGACCGAUCCUGUGUGGUGUCCAUACCUGCUGCUCCCCCGUGCUGCCCUCACCCUGAAGGCCUUCCUCUUGCUGCAGCCCUGGUCUGGCACAUUCACCAUGGACAUCACACAAGUGGAUUACACUGAAAAACAUGAGAUUAAGGGCCUGAUCCAGGAACAGCUCAACUCCAUGUCCAAUGACAUGAAAAGUGUCUUGCUGGAUCCUGAGCUCAACCUGCUGCAACGCUGCCUCCUGGUGUCUCGGCUGUUUGGGGAUGAGUCAGACUUGCAGUUCUGGACGGUGGCAGCCCACUACCUCCAGUCGUUCGCCCAGGCUCGCCACCUCAGUGUGCCCGUCCCCGAGGGCCAGACCCCAGCCGAGGGGACCCAGGCCACCCCACAGGGCCACCUGGACAUCUACCACGACACCCUGUGUGAGAGCUUCUACUUCCAGAGGUUCCAGUUGGAGCGAGUCCAUCUACAGGAGGUGAAGAGGUCCAGUUAUGAACACACCAAGAAGUGUGCUGACCAGCUCCUCCUGCUGGGACAGACGGACCGAGCGGUGCAGUUGCUGUUGGAGACUAGUGCUGACAACCCCAGUUACUACUGUGACUCACUGAAGGCGUGUCUGGUGACCACCAUCACCUCCUCAGGGCCCUCCCAGAGCACCAUCAAACUAGUGGCCACCAACAUGAUCGCCAACGGCAAACUGGCAGAGGGAGUGCAACUGCUGUGUUUGAUUGACAAGGCUGCGGACGCAUGCCGAUACCUGCAGACCUAUGGGGAGUGGAACCGCGCUGCCUGGCUGGCUAAGGUGCGUCUGAACCCGGCAGAGAGCUCAGACGUGCUAAAGCGUUGGGCAGAGCACCUCUGCUCCCCCCAGGUCAACCAGAAGUCUAAGGCCAUCCUAGUGCUGCUAUCCUUGGGCUGCUUCCAUAAAGUAGGAGAGAUGCUACAAAGCAUGAGGUACUUUGACCGUGCGGCACUCUUCAUUGAAGCCUGUCUGAAGUACGGAGUGAUGGAGGCCAACGAUUCCACCAAUAAGCUGAUCGGGGCUGCGUUCGUGGACUACGCCCGACUACUGCGCACCCUGGGCCUGAGGGAGAGCGCCGCGUUCUGGGCAUCGCGGGCAGGAGGUGCCGGAGAGCAACUGCUGGAAGAACUCUUCCAGGGAGAGGGGGCAGUGCCCGAGGAAACGGAGGGCCUGGAGAACACAGAGUGAUCCCUGAGUGUGGAGGAGAGGGGAGGAGUUGCCCAUAAGCAAAGAUCUAUGAUCAGCUAACGCUCACCCCCUCCUAAUUGUAACUAUUACAGGUGAAAAUGCAAAACUGAUCUUGGAUCAGUGUUCUAGGGGAAAUUUAGGGGGAGAGGAGAGGAAGUGUUUGUCACUGGAGAUUGCCAUGUCUGUGAAUAUGCUUUUGUGUGUUCUGAUUCAUCACGUGAUCAGUGUAUGUGUAUGCAUGUCGAUUUCUCCCCCAGUGGCAGGCCAAAUGGAACCACACACUCACUCGCACAGCAAAUGCAGACAUUCAUCUAAUGCAUCAAUUUAUGGUUAUUAAGAACAGAUUAAGAGAUUAUAAUCAGUUUUUGUUGAUUGAUUUGAGGUUUUGAAUGGUCAGUUAGCUUUAUUUUGAGUGUUUUUUUUUUUUAACAAUCUGACUCUUCCGUGGAAGAUUCAAUCAAAGUUUGCUGACUGUCGAUGUACUGCUAUUACCGUUUAAAGCAGUUAAAAGUGGCACAACCUUUUAUCCUUCAACAUUCUGCAUUAUGCACUCCCUUUUAUUUAAUGCUGGUGUUAGUGUAAAUUAAUGUUUAAAUGUUUGAAUGAAUGACAUUAAGGUCAAGUGAGUGUCCAUUCCCUGUAGCUCAGACAUGAAGCAGACCAAUGUCCCAGACAACCCACACAGUGUACCUGACCUGGGUUCAAAUACUAUUUGAAAUCCUUCAAAUACUUUGAGUGUUUGCUUUAGCCUGCUUGGAGUGCCAGAUGAGCGUGGUUUGCACGGUUGAGACGUAUCUAUUGGUUAUAUUGCAACAGGCAAGCUCAGUCAAGCAUUUGUGCUAGUAUGUGAGCCCCGGUCUGCUGUGUCGUGACUGAGAGUAGGUGGUAUAGAGCAGCUCUAUUAAGACUGACCAAAGCCAGGCAUAGUUAGCACAGGGGACUGCAUUCAUCAACUUGUCCCUGCAUUACAGAUGGGACACUGAUGAGGCUCUUCCUCUAGUCUAGUUAGCCAGGAUUGUUUGCGCUAACAGACACAGUAUAUUAUACCCCUACACAGAAGAGAGGAUUUGACCACUGUUAGCUAUAAGGGCUUCUUGGUUAAUA